AUGGCAAACGCCGGAAUCCAACUUCUUGGCUUCUCGCUGGCUUUUCUGGGCUUGAUCGGCACCAUCGCGUCCACGGUUAUGGUGGAGUGGAAGGCUUCGUCCUACGCGGGAGACAACAUCAUCACGGCUCAGGCCCUCUACGAAGGUCUCUGGAAGUCGUGCGCGUCGCAGAGCACGGGUCAAGUUCAGUGUAAAGUCUACGAUUCGAUUCUGCAACUACCAGCCAUUGUUAUAGGCACGAGAGGACUGAUGUUGGCGGCCGUUUUGCUCUGCCUAAUUGCCGUCUUGGUGGCGAUGGUGGGUAUGAAGUGCACCACGUGCCUGGCGGACCAGCCGGAGCAAAAAGACAAAGUGGCGCUGACCAGCGGUAUCAUCAUGGUGAUAGCAGGCCUUCUGGCUCUGGUGGGGACAUCUUGGUACGGCCACAGAAUAGCCCAGGACUUUUACAACCCCUUCACGCCGACCAAUUCCAAGUACGAAUUUGGAAGCGCCCUCUUCGUGGGAUGGGGAGCCGCCGUCCUCAUGAUGAUCGGGGGAGGCUUCCUGUGCUGCAACUGCCCCAAGAAGAACUCGGGGGGAGCGCCGCGUUAUCCGCGAUCCAACGCGGCUAGCAACUCGGGCAAAGACUACGUGUAG